CCAGCAGCCACACCCGCAGCAGCAGCAUGAAGCUCUUCCUUGUCGCCGCCGUGCUGGCCGUGGCCGCCGCCGACAAGGGAACCACCCCGAGCUACGAGGCCCCCGCCACCACUGCGGCCCCGAGCUACGGAGCUCCGAGCCAGCAGGCUCAAAGCUACGCUGCUCCCAGCCGCCAUGCUCAGAGCUACGCCGCGCCCAGCUACAAUACGCCAGAGUAUGAGGAGCCGGCCCAGUACGUGUUCGACUACGCGGUGAAAGGCUACGGGGAGUACGCGCCGCAGUACUCGGCGCAGGAGAGCCGGGACGGUUACGCCACCAGCGGCGCCUACUACGUCGCGCUGCCCGACGGCCGCACGCAGAAGGUCUCCUACAGCGUGGACGGCGAGUCCGGCUUUGUCGCCCAGGUGGAGUACGAGGGCGAGGCCCAGUACCCGGAGUACCACCCGCAGCCCGCCUACAAAGCCCCGCAGCCCGCCUACGCCGCGCCGGCUCACAAGGCCCGGGAACAGAGCUAUGCCGCGCCAGCUUACGAGGCCCCGAAGUCGACCUACGCCGCACCGACCUACAAGGCCCCUAAGCCGACGUACGCUGCCCCGACCUACAAGGCCCCGGAGCCGACCUACGCCGCGCCGGCCUACAAGGCCCCAGAGCCGACGUACGCUGCCCCGACCUAUAAGGCCCCCGAGCCGACGUACGCUGCCCCGACCUACAAGGCCCCGGAGCCGACCUACGCCGCCCCUGCCUACAAGGCCCCGGAGCCGACAUACGCUGCCCCGACCUAUAAGGCCCCCGAGCCGACGUACGCUGCCCCGACCUACAAGGCCCCGGAGCCGACCUACGCCGCCCCUGCCUACAAGGCCCCGGAGCCGACCUACGCCGCACCGGCCUACAAGGCCCCUAAGCCGACUUACGCCGCACCGACCUACAAGGCCCCUAAGCCGACCUACGCCGCACCGGCCUACAAGGCCCCGGAGCCCACCUACGCUGCCCCGGCCUACAAGGCCCCUGAGCCGACGUACGCUGCUGCGACCUACAAGGCCCCGGAGCCCACAUACGCUGCACCGGCCUACAAGGCCCCUGAGCCGACCUACGCCGCCCCGGCUUACAAGGCCCCGGAGUCCACCUACGCCGCCCCGAGCUAUAAGGCUCCCCAGCCGACCAACCCUGCGUACAACUCCUACAACUAAGCAGCGCGGUCUGCCAUGGUGAUAUCGAUCCUCAACAUACGAAGACGGGUGAAAGUAUGUAUUAUUUAUUUGACUGAACGCGCGUAAAUGAAUGCUAGUUACAUAUCGCAAUGAACUACCAGCAACGACGAGCGUUUGUAAACAUCACGAAAAUUGCUCAGCACUUUCAGCCGAUCACCGCAGGCAAAGCUACGGACCGCAUUCGUAUUCUUCAGAAAAUUGGCCGAUUAAAAAAAAGAGUUACAAUUCGCCGUCCGCCAGGCAUCCCGAGCCGCAGACCACGGCCUCAUGAUGACACCCAAGGCAAUGGGAGCUGCAUCACAUGACUGUCUCGCCACUCUGUGGCGCACGUCCUGUCGCAGGGCGAGGGGCGGGCCGUGGAGAGCGUUUCGUCUCGGCCGGACGACGAGCAAAGAACGCGACAGCCGUGUUUACGUCACCGAUAAGUGUUGCCACGCAACGCCACCCGUAAACCAGCCCUCGACUGCCAGGAGCUCAGCGAGAGCUGAUCUCCCGCAAUAUUACUUACCAAUGGCGUUGAAACAUGUUGCGAACGUUUCUGAGCUCUGAGCUCUGAGCUCUGAGCUCCUAGCUGUACAAGGACAACUUAAAACAUGAAGUAUUGAUACAAGAGGCAGCCUAGGAUGUCACGUAUUCUAUAUAUAUUCCAGAGACAGCAAUAGUUGAGCGACACUUGGAAGGGCAAUCUAUCUGGCCGCGUAUACACCUGUGCCCAACAGGCUGCGGGCGCGGACCGGGGCUCGGCGCGCGGCGUCUCUCCGGUUCGGCUGCGGCGCCCGGUGACCUGAGGGAACGGGGCGCGCGCGAACGCCGCGCUACAGCCAAGCUGUUCACCGCAGACGCCUGCUCCGCCCGGCUGGUGGGCGCCGACAGGGACGAGCCGCGCCUGCGCGUCUUGUGGCCGCGCGACGCUCUUGGCUGGGGUAUCGCGACCACGCUCGACUGCAGCCGCCAUCACGGCUGUGAUAGGCCUGUUUGAUCUGGUAAGCAAGCGGGCGGCGUCCAAUUACGGUCGAAUUUCUACGGCUCUAAACCGGCUUACGCAGGGAGCGUGCCACCAAAUCAAUUUCGGGCUCCCACUUCACGCAUCCCGCAUUCUCACAAGCAGCUGCAAAUGACGAGGGUGUCUGCAAACCCGCAUAUGCACACAACGGACAGGCGGAUGUUCACUUCCCGGUUUGGCGGCUGCGUGCCACCCACCCAAUUAACCACAGUCAUUCUAGUAGCCAGGUUUGGCCAGUUGGUAAUGAGGGCGUCCAAAGCAAACACAGACGUUCUAAUUCCACGGAAGGUGGGAGACACCUGAGCCAUUUCCUACCCAUUCUUCUUUGUCCGGAAAUUCCGCAAAUUUUGGGUCAAACAUCUCUUACAGAGGGCUGUACGGCG